CCGGCGCAAUCUUUGCUUGCGGUGCUCCGUCAGCCGGGAGUGCCCCGCCUUCGACACUCGACGACGCAACAUUGCAGAGACCGAUGAUCCGGAAUUAUCAGCAUCAUCAUCAUCAUGAUACAGGAUAUUUGAAGCCUUACGCACUUCAAUACAAUGCAGAGCAAUCGCUUUAGGCGAUGCUCCAGUGGUCUUCAGCCAGAUUGAUGUCGAUAGGCAGGAUAUUUUAAGGUGCAGAGUGAUAUAUUUCCCAUGGCGAUCCUAAUGGGAUUCUAUUGGAUCCUAGCCCCAUUCUACCAUCUCGGUUCUACCCCGAAGAGGUGGAUGGGUUUUCGAUUUGGAAGACUUGUUUUCAAUACCAUGCGUUACAAGUGCGCCGGACGAGAGGAGAGUGCUACUCCUUCAGCAUGGGGCCUCAGACAAAGGGGCAUAUCAUCGAGUACGAUCGGCCCCAAUAUUGGAUUAAUUCAUCUGCCACGGUCAGAAAGAAAACUUUUUGGGAGAGGGGUACUUCUAUCAGAGUCCUGAUCAGGUGGUUCCGCAAAGCGAAUUCUCGGAAAGCUGUUCUUCUUUCCCGCAGUUUGUUGGACAGAUGGGCGAGCUCGGAGACAAGGAGUCGACGAGUGUAAUCAAACCUCCGCCUCCGUGGAAUGGAAAGCUCAUCGUUAAGUUGAUGGCUUGUUGGCGGCACGAUCCAAAAGCGAUGCGGCCUUCAUGUCCGAAAGCAGCUGCAAGAUCGUUGCUAUCAAGACAGCCACCUCGAAAAAGUCGUACCGGAAGUCUGGAAUCAUGAAAGCCGAUGCCAAAAGAGGAGAGAGAGAGAGAGAGAGAGAGAGAGAUUUUGAUUGUACAGCGUGCUCGGCGCCACUUCCUUCGUCCUCCCAGUUACCGCAUGCACAGCUCUGGACCCGCUGAUUUCCAAGGCAAGUCUGCCCUCGGUGCAUUCAUUCUUUCUCGUAGGCGGCAAAAGCUGCGAAAGAAACAAUGUUCUUGUGGAUCUAAUCAGUGCCUUAGUAAUUAUACUUUUCUGGUCUGUUCUUAGAACCAGAGAGCUUGUAGAUAUUCUGCCCGAAAAGCUCGGAACGACUAUCGUGCCCAAGAUGUCUUCGACAUUGCCCUCACUGACUCACUACAUUAAUGUUUGUGAUGGUUAUUCAUGACCUUUCUGAUGGCGCAGGAGUUCAGUGACCUAUGGAUUCUGUUCGUUUUAGUGGGCGUACGGGGCAGCUUAUGAAGAUUAAUCCUCUUGUCUUGAUAUACUCAGAAUGCACUAUGGUGUUUCAAUGGGACAUGAUGCAUCAAAGUUUCAAUAUUAAAAUCCAUAGUUAUAGUAGUGAUGAUUCUACAUCUUAGACCCAUGUAAAAUACAUCCGUAUAGCAACUUAAUAUAUCAAAAAAUCACAUAAGUUCUACCCACCAUAUAGAACAUUGGCAUACUCGCGCUGAACAGGUGUUUUGAGAUUAACAAUGUUAUGUGUUGUGCAACUUGAUUGUUUGACUUGCAAUUUGAUUGGUUUAUCAAAAGCC